AUGCUAACCGGCCGCCUUAACGACGCAGCCAUCCUCCUGCACCUAUCUCUAGAUAACAACCACAUCAGAUAUGCCGUGAUUGGCGGCUACCCAAUCACCCAUUUCGGCGGCAACCGACAAACCAACGAUAUCGAUUGCAUUGCAAUUGCGUCUAAACAGCAAAUCAACAACGCAAUCGAUCCAGAAGCUGGACUCGCCGUUAUCUCCCAACACCGCGACGACUACAUCGGCCUCUCAUGGUCAGACAGACCAGACCGCAGUGAUCCCGUACUAAUCCACAUCCACUGCUCAGUGUACCCAGGUUCCCGAUUCCCCAACGCUCUAUUCCGAUUUGAGACUCACGAAGUGAAAGGUCAUACUAUGGGCAAUGGUAUGGUAAGUUUCCACGAACCAUUUUAUCUGUUCAAGGCGGCCCUCCGUGCGGCAGGAUCUCGGUCAAACUUUGUUGAUUCUGUUGAUCUUCGAUGGUUGGCACAGCGAUACGUUAUUGAGAUUAAGGCGCGGCGGCACAAGAUCCACCUUGUUGAUGUUGGCCGUGCCCUUCAGCAACAUUCUAAUCUUGAGAAUGUGUUUGAAUCACUUGGUAUUGAUAUUGCUAAGGCUAAGAUUGCAGCAAAGGGUCCUCCCCGGGGAGUAGAAGAUAUUUCCAAAGGUUUGUUUGAUAGUCUGGCUGACUCUUAA